UGUGAUGAAAUUCGAUUGAUUUUCAUAUCAAUAACAUCGCCAAGGUUUAGGGUUAAACAAUGGCGAGCGGUAGUAGUAGUAGAAAAUCUCGAAGACGAAGAAGAUCCGAUGAUGACUCUGCAUCUGACUCCGACUCCGACCACCGCCGGAAAACUAGUCGCCGGUCACGCCGAGAUUCAGAUGAUGAUUCAAGUGACGACAACGUUAAUAGAACUGGAAGAAAGAAGAAAUCUUCCAGAACAAUCACAGAAGAGGAAAUUUCACAGUAUAUGGCUAAAAAAGCUCAGAGAAAGGCUACGAAAGUUGCUAAGAAAUUGAAGACGAAUACAGUAUCGGGUUAUUCCAAUGAUUCUAAUCCGUUUGGUGAUACUAAUCUCAAUGAAAAGUUUGUUUGGCGUAAGAAGAUUGAGCGCGAUGUUACUCAAGGUGUAUCGAUUGAUUCCUUUUCUGUUAAAGCUGAGAAGAAAAGACAAGUGGAAAGGAUGGCAGAAAUUGAAAAGGUGAAAAAGAGGAGAGAGGAAAGGGCACUUGAGAAAGCACAACAUGAAGAAGAAAUGGCAUUGUUAGCUAGAGAACGUGCUCGAGCUGAGUUCCAGGACUGGGAAAAAAAGGAAGAGGAGUUCCAUUUUGAUCAAAGCAAAGUCAGGUCAGAGAUUAGAUUGCGUGAAGGGCGUGCCAGGCCAAUUGAUGUCCUAACCAAGCACCUCAAUGGCUCUGAUGAUUUGGAUAUAGAAAUAAAUGAACCAUAUAUGGUCUUCAAGGGUUUGACGGUUAAAGAAAUGAGUGAACUUCGUGACGACAUCAAAAUGCAUCUUGAUCUUGAUAGGGCAACACCAACCCAUGUGGAAUAUUGGGAGGCUCUCCUUGUGGUGUGCGAUUGGGAGCUAGCUGAAUCUCGAAAAAAGGAUGCAAUUGAUCGAGCUAGGGUGCGUGGAGAAGAACCUCCUGCUGAGCUGCUUGCUGAACAAAGGGGUCUGCAUUCCAGUGUUGAGCCAGAUGUGAAGGACCUUUUACAUGGAAAGACACGUACAGAGUUGGAAGCCUUACAGGCUCACAUUGAGUCAGAGAUGCGUACUGGUACAGCAAAGGUGGUUGAGUACUGGGAGGCCAUUUUAAAACACCUCCACAUAUACAAGGCCAAGGCUUGUUUAAAGGAGAUCCAUGCUAAAAUGUUACGUAAGCAUUUGCAACGUCUUGAGCAACCAUUGGAGGAUGAAGAUAAACCGGAGCGUGCUCUUGACAUGAUACCUGAGGAGGCAUAUACUGAGGAUGAGGAGGAUGAGGAUGCUAAAGUAGUCCGUUCUGCAGAUGAAUCGUUUUCACCAGAGCCCGUUAGAGAGAAUCAAGAAGCUGAAGAUGAGGCUGGAUCAUUUUCACCACAACUGUUGCAUGAUGAUGAAAAUGAGGAAGCUAUUGAUCCUGAAGAGGACAAAGCUAUACUGGAGCGGAAACGUAUGGCUGUAAUGGAAGAGCAGCAAAGACGGAUUCAGGAAGCAAUGGCAUCAAAGCCAGCUCCAUCUGAAGAUAAUUUAGAGUUGAAAGCCUUUAAAGCUAUGGGAGCUAUGGAGGAUGGAGACGCAGUGUUUGGAUCUGGAGCUGAAGUGAGCCUUGAUUCACAGGUUUAUUGGUGGCAUGACAAGUACAGACCAAGGAAGCCAAAGUAUUUCAACCGCGUUCACACUGGAUAUGAGUGGAACAAAUAUAACCAGACUCACUAUGAUCAUGACAACCCACCUCCAAAGAUUGUGCAAGGGUACAAAUUUAAUAUUUUCUAUCCCGAUCUUGUAGACAAGAUAAAAGCCCCAAACUACACUAUAGAGAAAGACGGCAGCAAUGGGGAGACAUGCAUUAUUAGAUUCCAUGCAGGACCACCAUAUGAAGAUAUAGCUUUCCGCAUUGUAAACAAAGAAUGGGAAUACUCUCACAAGAAAGGUUUUAAAUGCACAUUUGAACGUGGAAUUCUGCACGUGUACUUCAAUUUCAAACGCCACCGCUACCGCCGAUAAUUUCAUAUCAGGCAAUGGUUCACUUUCUGUUUAGCUUCUCCUUUUGAUUUGAGCGAAGCUGUAACUUGCUUCCAUUUUUUAUAGUAAAGACGUGUUGACAUCAGAGAUAGAGAUGUCCACAAAAUCGACUGUUUGAAAUGAGGCCAAGAUAAAUUCUAAAGGAGCAUGGAGUAGUAGUAUUGUACUACCCAUGAUUGUGAUUUGAUCUAAAUCUUAUAAAUAUUUUGAUGUAACCACAUACUAGUUAAUUAGUGCAUUCCGUAUGGUAUUCCUUCCUAGAAUAUACUCGAUAAGAAUCUCGAGACGGGUCUCUCCAGCGAGUGAUAGACAGGAAUUACCUAUAGGGAUGGCGAUAGGGUCUGAAUAGAGUACUAUAGCAUUCAUUUUUAUGCAUCCAUUUUAUAGAAUUAUUGCAUAUUCGUA